AUGGCCAGUAACGUCUCCAUCGCGCGGUGCGUGCGCGACUCCUCCUCCAUCUCGCGGCUAGCCAGCAGCCUUCGCGCCCUUUACCUCUCCUCGUCCGCAUCGCGCCCGACCAUGGCGACCCCGAUCCCCAUUCGACCACACACAGAUGUUUCCCAGGCUCGCAGCCUUUGCUCGAGCAUGGCGCCGAAACGCGCCCUCUCCGUUGUGACAAGGCCCGUUGCCAGGCCGUUGGCUGUAGCUGCGCUUCAACAGCAGAUCCGUGGGAUGAAAGUGCACAGUUCAAUCAAGAAGCGUUGCGAGCAUUGCAAGAUUGUACGGCGGAAGAAGGGCAAGAGAGGAAACGGGUACCGAUAUGUCAUCUGCAGCGCAAAUCCUAGGCACAAACAACGUCAGGGGUCGUAG